CGACCACUGACUCCUUUCAGUCCGCUGAGCGGCAUCGUCUUCGCUGAGGUCUCUCGAUAACUGCUGCAAUUGUUGAACACGCGCGUGAAUGGCCAUGUCCAAGAAGGAGAAGCCUCUGCACUCGCUCAUCGCGGGGACCACCGCCGGCGCGGUCGAAGCAUUCAUCACGUACCCCACCGAAUAUGUGAAGACGCGGUCGCAGUUCAGCGGCAAGAGGGAGAGCCCCCUGGCGAUCAUCCGGUCGACCCUACAGCAGAAGGGUGUAGCGGGGCUUUACUCGGGAUGCAUGGCUCUCGUCAUUGGCAAUGCGGUGAAGGCCGGCGUGCGGUUCGUGUCGUACGACCACUUCAAGCAUGCGCUAGCGGACGCCGAGGGUAAAGUCUCCCCGCCGAGGAGUUUGCUCGCCGGCCUAGGCGCAGGUAUGACGGAAGCCGUCUUCGCUGUUACGCCCUCAGAAACAAUCAAAACCAAGCUCAUUGACGACGCGAAGAGCCCGAACCCGCGUUUCCGCGGUCUCGUUCAUGGCACCACAUGUAUCGUGCGAGAAGAGGGUCUUCGCGGCAUCUACCGCGGUCUCUUCCCUGUGAUGAUGCGCCAAGGGGCAAACUCAGCGGUACGCUUCACGACAUACACGACCCUCAAGCAGUUCGUCCAGGGCCAGGGCCGCUCCGGCCAGCAGCUCUCGAGCCCCAUGACUUUUGGGAUCGGCGCCGUCGCCGGCCUCGUCACCGUCUACACCACCAUGCCCCUGGACGUAAUCAAGACGCGCAUGCAGAGCUUAGAGGCGCGGCAGGCGUACAAGAACGCGUUCCACUGCGCGUAUCGGAUCUACACCGAGGAGGGCCUGCGCCGCUUUUGGACGGGCACGACCCCCAGGCUCGCGCGGUUGGUGCUCAGCGGGGGCAUCGUGUUCACGGUAUACGAGAACAUCAUCAGGGUCAUCGGGGGACGGGUGGCAUGAGCAAGUGCAAAUGAACGUUAGCAAUGCAUCCUUUUCAUGUUCUCUCGCUUUGUUGCAUGAUGGUCGCCACGACUGCAUCGUAGAUGGGAGGGAGUAAAUGAGUGCCGUCUCAAACAUCUCCUUGUCGUGGGCGGACGUUUCGAGAAGUCCAGCUUCCACCUAGCGAACAGUCUCGCCAACACUUGUCAAAUAAAUCAACAUUUCG